AUGCUCGAGGACGAACAACUAGCGCUUCUAAUGCAAAACAAGGAAUUCUUACGUUGGAUUCGACGAGAACAACUACGCCCACCCGUUCCGGAAGGACCAGUGGUCGAUGAAUUGAUCAUCAACGCCGAGCCGGAUCUUAAGGAUCGAUUGAAAAAUGUGAGCAAAGUGUCCAAGGAACGCCUUCUACAACUUGCCGCUCGCUUUCGACGAAGCAACGCUCAUCAUUUAAACGCUUUCUAA